AACUUAACAAAACGGGCGUUGAAACGGUCGCUCUAGUAAUAGUGCCCUAUUAGUGCCACCACGUUCCAGCCGCUGUCGUUUGCGUGUCCCCGUGCUCCAUCCAGAGCGUCCUUAGUGCGAAAACGUCCGGCAGUGCCGUACAGCCGCCAGCUACACGCCGACGUCAUUCCGACAUUUCCAGACUGCCUUCAGCGCCGCCCAGGAAAAUCAACCCAUCGCUCCCGGUUGACCACACCACCUGGCCAGCAACCCCCAGGCAUUGGCCGCUCCGCCGCCCACAACUAACGCAGGCCCCCAAGCCCUGCGAUUUGGUCCUUCGUCGCCUCCUUUUGACACCAGCCCGCAACACUCCAGGCGGAUCAUCAUCAUCAACCACAUAAGUACCCAAAGCCCAAAUCAAGCCGCGUGAAUGGAUUCAGCACCCACACCAGCACCAAGAACUUCACUCCGCUCGCAGGUGUUUGUGGCCGCUAGCGACCGCGGGGGGCGCCCAAGCCCUGAUUAUCAGAAGUGCCGAGUUUGCGCGCGUCACCACGCGCUACGAACAUGCCCGCUCUUUAGAAGGAUGCAGCCAGCGCAGCGGUACUUGUUGGCGCGGGCCCAUAACUACUGCACCAACUGUCUGGCACUGUCGCACGCUACCAGCGAAUGCACAUCCCAGAUCACGUGCAGGAUAUGUGCACUGCCGCACCACACGAUGCUUCAUCGGGCCCCGCCGCCACCACAGCCACAUCGCCGUACCACCGCACCUCCAACUCAAACACCUCCGACACCGGCCUCCCGCUCAAACGCUCGCGAUCGUCGCAACCCACCUACCCAGGCCGCUACCCAUCGCUACAAUCCGACUGCAGCCACCAUUCCACAACCACGCACCGUCAAACGUUCGGCAACAGGGCUCCAUACCGCUGCAUUCCGAGAAAAGAUGGCAAAUCGGCUUAUGGAUGAGGCCAUUAGAGCGCUGGAGCAGUUGAAAGUGGCACUAGCCGUCUAGCGCGCCUAGGCGGGGCAGGAUGUUCAAGUGAGUGACUAGCGCACGCACACCGCAUUAACCAUUUGUAUUUAUUGAAUUAGCUAGACUUGAAAUAUUUCUACGAAUUGUAACUUUUGAACUCAUAAAAAUUAACUCGCACCGUGAAAACCCCUAUCAGCCAACCGGGUAGUUGGCAACGCGUGCGCUACUCGCUCACUUGAACGAUCACCAGCUGUCAAAACAACAUAUCUAUAGACAUACUUCAUAUCUAUCUCGUGGACGGAUCAGAGGAGAAAUUGUAUUGUUAAGAAUUUUGUAUUUUUUGCCGGUAUACUUACCUUCCGCAUCUUCGGUCUGCCCGAAAAUUUGUAACUCGAAGCAAAAUUAAUGAACGCGAAUUGAAUACGAACCAAAUAAACCUGCGUUGUUCUCAAACUAAAUUGAAAUCAGUUCGGUGUUUUUAUUUCGUUGAGCCAACUUAUUAUUAUUUCGUUUACCCCAACUUAACCAAACGGGCGUUGAAACGGUCGCUCUAGUAAUAGUGCCCUAUUAGUGCCACCACGUUCCAGCCGCUGUCGUUUGCGUGUCCCCGUGCUCCAUCCAGAGCGUCCUUAGUGCGAAAACGUCCGGCAGUGCCGUACAGCCGCCAGCUACACGCCGACGUCAUUCCGACAUUUCCAGACUGCCUUCAGCGCCGCCCAGGAAAAUCAACCCAUCGCUCCCGGUUGACCACACCACCUGGCCAGCAACCCCCAGGCAUUGGCCGCUCCGCCGCCCACAACUAACGCAGGCCCCCAAGC